AUGGACAUCAAUUUCCUCCUCUCGUCGGACUCGAAUCCGAAGUCUGGAAAUUCGACGCCCGCACCCGCUCCCACUUCGAACGCAGCGCCCGCUGCAGCUCGUUCGGGCCCGAGACGGAAGGAAAAGACGUCGUCGCCCCUCGCGCAACAGGUAUACGCCCCUUCUGGGAUCCCAGAAUCUUCGCCUACAGAUGGCGCUGCUUCGGCUGGAACCAAGACAGGUGGUGGAAAUGGCACAUCGCCUGUGACCGAUGGUCCACCGUCGAGACAAGCCUCUACACCUGGGAUGGACACUUUGGCCGACCUGGCCUCAAUGCAGCACCACCAACCGCAGCGUCCGAACGCUGCUAGCGCGCUGCGAAACACCCAAUCUUACGAGCACCAGCUCUCUCCGUCGACUAUUCACCCCCAUGUAAACUCCGUCAACCACAAUACCCCUACCUCCCGAAUCUCCUUCGAUAUCGCCAUGUCAGACGGACGGGAUCCCUCGAAAAGGACCUACGCCGCGACUUCUCUCGAACCUGAAGCGCAGCGGUUGGCGACCGAAUUAUUCCAACAAAUUUCCUUGAACCCCCACACGCACGAUGCGCACGUGCGAUUCAUCGGACUGCUGCAUGCAGGAUUUGUUAAUCACGUUUACCCGCCGAAUAAUCCUGAUGUACAUGGCGACCCACGGCGCUACGACUUGCUGAACGAUUUGAAGACAGCCCGCGAAGAGAUGGACAAGCUUUUCGCUAUGGGAGAAGAUCUCUGGGCUGAAUGGAUUCAAGAUGAGAGUAUGCUUGCUCAUGAUGUUGACGGUCGGAUUGCUGUUAUGGAACUGUGCCAGCGAUCGGUGGAAGAGGAAUUUGGCAGCACAAAACUCUGGAAUAUCUACGGCGAAUGGGUGCUUUAUCUGUACCACUCCGCCCAUGGCGAGGCUAGCUCCAGUCAAUGGACUGAGGAAGAUCGGACAAUUGGCCGCGAGGUGUUUACCUGGCAGUCAGUCCUGCAAGUAUGGCAGAGAGGUGCAGAUGCUACCAGGUGGAAAAUCAACGACAGUCACUUGGUGUGGGACCGCCUGCUCGAUCUGUAUGCCCAGGAUAUUGCCCGCACUCCUUCGCAGGAGAAGAUCAAUCGCCUUCGAGGACUUUACGAUGUCCGUCUUCAGACCCCGCAUGCUACUUGGGACCAGACUUUCCAGAAAUUCUCAGGCUUUGUUUCGAGCUAUUGCAACGCCAAUUAUGAGGAAAUCAUGUCGGAAACGGUGGCUCGGGCUGCGGAGCCAAAGACCCUUUACAACUCACGCGAGGAAUUUGAACUUCGCUUAGCCAAGGUGCAAGAGUCUGGUGAUCGUGCCCUUGAGUGGACUGUCUACUCGGAGUACAUUGAAUGGGAAUUGACUCGUGAUCGACGAAAGCGAGGAGAAUUCAGUUUCGACCUCGUCAAUGCUAUCUACCAGCGCGCCGUCCUUCACUACCCUACCGAUGUGUCUCUUUGGGAAGACUAUGUCAUGUUCCUCAUCGGUGAAUCGCUGAACCGUCGUACUUCUACCACAGCCAUCGCGACUAUUGAUCGUGCGACCCGCCAUUGUCCCUGGUCCGGAAACCUCUGGUCUCAGUAUCUACUGAGCUCGGAGAGAGAAAACCUGCCGUUCCAAAUCAUCGCUGACAUCAAACACAAGGCCACUAGCACUGGACUCCUCGACGCCGGUGGGCUGGAAGAGGUUCUGAAGGUCCAUGUCACUUGGUGUAGUUACCUUCGCCGACGUGCCUUCUUUUCGGAAUCUACGGACGAGGAUUUGGAUGUCGCCGAAGUUGGUAUCCGCUCGGCCAUCGAGAGCGUACAAGAACUUGGCGAAAAGAAGUACGGCCCUGCGUACCAGGGCGAUCCCCUCUUUCGCCUGGAGCGGAUUUACAUUCGUUUUUCCAGUGAAAGCGGUAGCUGGGACACUGCGCGUGAGACCUUCAAGGGCCUUGUGGCCCGCCGUGGUAGCAGCUAUGAAUUCUGGCUUGCUUAUUACGGAUGGGAACUCAUUUGCUGGAGCAAGUUCGUUCAAGGAGAAGCAACAGUUGAUGCUGCGCGCCGGACUCCCAACCCGAGCUACGCUACUGCCGUUUUGAAGAAAGCGCUCAAGCGAACCGAUCUUGAUUGGCCGGACAAGAUUGUCCAGACUUAUAUUACUCACUGCGAGGAUUACGAGGACUCGGACGAGCUACAGAUGGCUGUUAUUGAGACCCGGAAAGCAAUGAGAGCUGUCACUGCUCGCCGAGAACGUGAGGCACAGGAGCAAGCGGCAUUGGCCCAGCAGCAGCAACAACAGCAGUGGGAGGCCGCCAUGGAUGCCGCUCCUUCUCAUGAGAAGAGAAAGCGCGACGAUGCGGAGGACAUGCCAACAAGUAAAAAGGCUCGCAAUGAAGAAGUCAGUGUCAAGGAAGAACCGAAAGAAGAGAGCCCUGCCGUUCUCCAACGGGACCGAGAGCACGCUACUGUGAUUGUGAAGAAUCUACCCCGCGACACUACCGAGCAUCAGGUUCGACAAUUCUUUCGUCAUAUCGGUACUAUCAACGGUGUUCGAUUGCUAAAGGGAGACGACAAGAACUCCGAGGUUGCGAUCAUCGAGUUCGAAACCAAGGACGAGGCUCUUACUGCCGUGACCCGUGAUCAAAAACGCUUCAACGACACCGAAAAUAUCAUUGACGUACAGAUUGGAGCGGACACGACGUUAUGGGUCACCAACUUUGCUUCCACUGCGGAUGAAGAGCACAUCCGCAACCUCUUCUCCAAGUAUGGUGAAGUGAUUGACGUUAGGUUACCCUCCUUGAAAUUCGAUACCAGCCGUCGCUUCUGCUAUGUGCAGUUUGCCACUUCAGCUGCGGCCCAUCACGCUACAGAGCUUAAUGGAAUGCCGAAUGAGAAAGGCAGGAAGCUCGUCGUCAAGAUCUCUAACCCCACAGAGAAAGCUGCUCGCAGCGGUGCGAGAUACGAUGGCAGAGAACUCUACAUUGUUAAUAUUGACUGGAAGGCCAGCGAUCAAGAUCUGAAGGAGGCAUUCACUCAGUAUGGCACCAUUGAAAAGGUCCACAUUGAGCGCAAGCCCGACGGUGGCAGCAAGGGCUUUGGCUCCAUUGUAUUCUCAUCUAAAGACGAAGCUAAUGAUGCCCUCGCAAUGCAUGAGAAAAUGUUUAUGACGCGUCCCCUUCGUGUCCAACUUGCUCAAGCUGGUGGCCCGGCCAAGCGCACCACCAACACCACCAUCUCUCAAGUUGCUACAGCGGGAUCACCCCAGGACCAGGCCAACGGAACAGGCCCAGGUGAACUGGAAGUACCGGUCGGUGAGCAUGGCCAGCGCACAAUUGCCUUGAUGAACGUCCCCGACACCGUGAAUGAAGAUCGCAUCCGCGCCCUUGUCGAGCCGUUCGGCCACUUGGUCAAAAUAUCUCUGCGGCCGGACCAUCAAGGUGCUGUGGUGGAAUUUGUCGACACUCACGACGCUGGUAAAGCCGCGCUGGCGCUUGAAGGAAAAGAAAUUGCCCCUGGACGCCCGCUGCAUGUGGGCAGAGUUUAUGAGCUGAAGCAACAACAUGCCGAGAAAAAGACCAGCAAGGUCACCUCGCUCAAACACGAAGCUCCAACGAAGAAGAUCAGCCUCCAGCCUGCUGGACCGAUCAAACGCCCCCAGCAGCCUGGCGCGCGCGGAGGCCGAAAAGGUGGCCUCGGACAGAAACGAUUCACCGCAGCUCCCAGUGAAAAGCAGCCUCCUGCGCCGGCGACUUCGGACAAGAUGGACACCACUACGGAUGGUGACAGCAAGCCCAAAAAGAGCAACGAUGAUUUCCGCGCUAUGCUUCAAGGAGGCCGCCCGGAAUGA